ACCAAACCAACAGGCGAGUUGCUCACCGGCCGGCCAAAAUCGCCUCAGCCGCCUCUGGAUCUGCGGCCGCGUUGCCUCGUCGCCGCCAGCAUGGCGCGGGCGCGGCUGGCGAAGGAGCGGCCCGCAAGCGUGCCUGGUAAGACAGCAGACCGGAGCCGGCCGCUCCACUUCGCCGCCUUCCUGCUGCUCGCCGACGCCGCGCUCGUCGCCCUCAUCGUCGCCUUCGUCCCGUAUACCAAGAUCGACUGGGACGCCUACAUGUCUCAGGUCGAUGCUUUUCGGGAGGGGGAGAGGGACUACACCAAGAUCGAGGGCGACACCGGGCCGCUGGUCUACCCGGCCGGCUUCCUCUACGUCUACUCCGCCAUCAAGUUCCUCACCGCCGGCCAAGUGUUCCCUGCUCAGAUUCUGUUCGGCGUCUUGUAUCUUGUCAACCUGAGCCUUGUUUUGCUGCUUUACGUCAAGACUGAAGUGCUUCCUUGGUGGGCUUUAGGUUUGCUUUGCUUAUCAAAGCGAGUUCACUCCAUCUUUGUGCUCCGUCUUUUCAACGAUUGCGUUGCUAUGACGUUGCUCCAUGCUGCUAUGGUCUUGAUUGUCUAUCACAAGUGGUACCUCGGCCUAAUUAUUUUCAGUGGAGCUGUCUCAGUUAAGAUGAACGUGCUCCUUUUUGCUCCAUCUUUGUUUCUACUAAUGUUGAAGGCCAUGAGUAUCAAAGGAGUUUUUCUUGCUUUGUUGGGAGCUGCAGGAGUACAGGUUUUGUUGGGCAUCCCAUUCUUGUUGUCACAUCCUGUUGAGUACAUCUCAAGAGCUUUCAAUCUUGGGCGUGUCUUCAUCCAUUUCUGGUCUGUCAACUUUAAGUUUGUUCCUGAGAAGUAUUUUGUAUCAAAAGAGCUAGCUAUUGGGCUAUUGAUUUUUCACCUCACUACUCUUAUGGUGUUUGCACACUUCAAGUGGUUUAAGCAUGAAGGUGGUUUGUUCCAUUUUGUGUAUUCCAGAUUUAGAGAUGCUACAUCAAUUCAACAGCUCAUUUCGUGCAAGCCUAGACAGUCCAUUCUCAGUAAAGAGCAUAUUGUGACUGUGAUGUUUGUUGGAAACUUCAUUGGCAUUGUGUGUGCCCGAUCAUUACAUUACCAGUUUUAUUCUUGGUACUUCUAUUCAUUGCCUUUUCUGUUGUGGAGAACACAGUUUCCAACAGUAGUAAGGAUCAUUUUGUUUGUUGUCGUGGAGCUCUGCUGGAACGUUUAUCCUUCUACCUCCUAUUCGUCACUACUUCUGUUGUUCGCGCACCUCUUCAUCUUGUUCGGCCUAUGGAGUUCGCCUGCUGAGUACCCCUAUGCCAAUAAAAAGGAAAAGGCGGACAGGGAGAGUAAAGAAUCGGGCAAGGCAAUGAUUGGCAGGCAAAGACUGGCUUGUCUUCUUCAUGGACUCUGUCGCACAAGGCCUUUGAUAAAUUCAGCGGCCCACAAGGCCACAACCGAGCCCACAGCCCACAGCCCACAGGCACACUCGUUUCGUUCCGACUUCCGAACAGCCACCCCCGCGACCAAAACCUCGCUCGUUUCGUUCCCCAAUCUCCUCCUACCUAGCGCGGCGGACCGGCGGACCGGCGGCGAAGCGCGGAAGCCGGAAGGCCAGCACCGCGGCAGGCAAGAGGCGGCGCGGCGCGAAGCAGCGGAGCCGGCGACCAGGCUCAGGAUCCGGGCGUUCCGUGCGAUGGGCGGCGGCGGCGGCACAGAGGAGGAGCUGACGGCACAGGAGACAGCGCUCUAUGACCGUCAGAUCCGCGUCUGGGGCGUUGAUGCACAGAAGAGGCUAAGUAAAGCACAUGUGCUUGUGUGCGGCGUGAACGGUACUACUAUUGAGUUCUGCAAGAAUAUUGUUCUAGCAGGAGUUGGCAGUUUAUCCUUGAUGGAUGAUCACAUAGUCACUGAGGAUGAUCUCAGUGCAAACUUCCUAAUUCCUCAUGACAUAUGUAUGCAUGGUGUUAGCUCACGAGCUGAGGCUUGCUGCGAGUCCUUGAAAGAUUUCAAUCCAAUGGUCCGAGUUGCUGUCGCAAUAGGUGAUCCAUCACUAAUUGAUGAAGGAUUCGUUGACAGGUUCGACAUUAUUGUAGUUAGCUGUGCAUCUCUUAAAACAAAGUUGUUCAUUAAUGACAACUGCCGGAAGAGAGGCAAGCAUAUUGCCUUCUACUCUGUAGAGUGCAAGGAUUCUUGUGGUGAAAUAUUUGUUGAUUUGCAGAACCAUAGUUAUCUUCAGAAGAAGCCUGGAGGCGAACCUGAACAGCAGGAGUUGUCAUAUGCUAGCCUGCAGGAAGCUAUUUCUGUGCCCUGGAAGAAUCUGCCCAAGAAAACAACUAAAUUGUACUACGCCAUGAGAGUCUUGGAAAGUUAUGAAUUAUCUGAAGGGCGCGAGCCUGGUGAGACAACACUUUCUGAUCUACCUGCAGUUUUGGCUCAGAGGAAGGAUAUGUGUGAUAGAAUGUCUUUAAGUGAGUCUCAAAUUCCUACGGCUCUCCUGGAACGGCUUUUAGCAGCUGGAAAGAAGGAACAUCCUCCUGUAUGUGCAAUCCUUGGUGGCAUUCUUGGUCAGGAGGUGAUCAAGUCAAUAUCUUGUAAGGGCGAUCCGAUCAAGAAUUUCUUUUAUUACGAUGCAGCUGAUGGUAAAGGGAUCAUGGAGGACAUCCCCCCAACUCCCGUAGAGCAAUUCGCGUGAUGCCUAGCUCACAUUGGUCAUUAAUCGCUGAUUAUUGUACCCAGUCAUUAGAGCCGAACAUGUGACAACUUAUCAUGGCCGAGGCAGAAAACUCAUAUUACCUCUGUCCCAAUUUUUUGGUCUAGAUAUGGAUGUAUCUAACACUAAAACGUGACUAGAUACAUCUAUAUCUAGACAAAUUUAAGACGAGAAUUUAGGGACGGAGGGCGUACUUAACAUUUCAGCGUUGGCACCCCAGUAUUGUAUUGAACAGAAUUGACAUUCUCUUGAUCUUCUCUGAACAGUUUUAAAGCUGAAGUCAGCCAGAUUUUCAUUCUCGUUGAAUGAUGAAAUGCUUUA